AAACAAACUGCGCGGAUUACAGAGUCAGCACGCGCGCACGGAGCUGCACGGCACGCGCUGUUUUCAGUGCAGUCGGAGAGAAAAUUCGGUGAGACUGAGGUAGUUCUGUCACAGGCGUGUCACAGGGGUUCCUCACUUAAUGUAACGGUAUGCGUGUCAGUGAUGGGCUGAAGUAGGGGCUGCCGAAACCAGCGAGCUGACCGCGCACUACAUCGACAGGCUGGUGUGAAGCACACAGCAUGACUAAGACGCCUCCUCACAGGCAAGGGAUCACGUUUGAGGUGGGGGCAUCAGUGGAAGCCCGGGACAGUCUGAAGAACUGGUAUGCUGCCACCAUUGAGAAAAUAGACUACGAGGACGAGAAGGUCCUGAUUCAUUACCGACAGUGGAGUCAUCGUUAUGACGAGUGGUUUGACUGGAACAGUCCUUACCUUCGACCUGUGGAACGUAUUCAGCUGCGGAGACAGGGCCUGCAGGAGCACAACAUGGCCCCGGGUUUUCAGAUCAAUCAGAAAGUUUUAGCCAGCUGGUCAGAUUGUCGAUACUAUCCUGCUAAAAUCCUCUCACGUGAUAAAGACGAUUCUUACACAGUGAAGUUUUUUGACGGUGUUGUCAAGACCGUAAAAGGGAUAAAGAUUAAGCCUUUCAGAAAAGAAAACGCGAGCAGCAAGCUGGGGCAGCCAAGCCGAAAGCGGACAGCAGGAAAAAACUGCAAGACCAAAGAGAACGGCAGGAACCAUCAGGACGGCGAGACCGAAUCUGAGGAAGAAGACCCAAAAGCGACAGAUGGGUGUGAUAAGCCUCAGGACACCAUGCUGACUGAAAAGGAACCGUCCGAGAUGACGAACGGACACAAAGAGCAAGAAGAUGAGCCGCCCAGCGAUGGAGAUGUGAAGACCGAGGCGGUGGAGAAUGGAGCAGAGGAGGCGAUGGAGAUGAACGGGACGGGGGAGGAGGAGAAAGUUGGAGCACUUCAGAACGGUGCCCAUGAGAGCUGUGGAGAAGAGCAGGAGAAAGACGAGAAGGAAAAGGAAGGCCAUCUCGGCCAGAACAGGAGAGCGAAAGGGAAAGUGGUGGAGGGAAAAGACACAGAACGGCCCAGCAUUCCAGAGCUGAGGAAGAGACGGGCGUCCACGGGACAAACGCCUCCAUCUAAGAGGAGCAGAGCCAAUACCACAGACAGAAACAGUCGAUCCCAGAUCAGACCUGCUAGAUCAGAUUCUGUUCCAGAAAGUUUCAGUGAAAAGGAUGCUCUCUGCAAGAGAGGUCUUCUGGAGAACCCUAAGCCUAUCGUACAGACGGCGUCGAAUCAAGAACUCUCCACACUGCUGCAAAGACAAGUCCACCUCCCGACCACUAAUAAGUACAGCAGGGAACCAUUGUACAGGGUCAUCAAGAACCAGCCACCACCCAUCCUCUCCAUCGAACUGGACCAUAACCCGUUUAAGUGCCAGGUGCCGGGCUGCACCAAGUCCUUCCGCAAGGCGUCUCUGCUGCACUAUCACAUGAAAUACUACCACUCUGGGAGCGACCUGUGCUCAUCACACAGCUCCCACACACACCCCUCUGAACCUCCGGGCCAGGAGAGCCACACACACACCUUGGAGACUCCCCGCAGGCGCCGCACUGUUUCUGCAUCCCUAGACACGCCAUCCCCGCUGAGUGACAGUAAAUCCAGUCACACCCCGUCACCCCAUACUGCCAACGGUGUGCAUCGUCAGCGCAGCUCCUCCCACUGCGAGAGGAGCAAAGAGAACCAGCACACCAACCGCUCGCUUCAUGACGACAGAGACUGGGUCACCAUGGAAACAGAACGAGAGAAGAGGAGGGAAAAGAAGCCGAGAGACUUCUGCAUCAAACCAAAGAAGAAGAGAAAGAAGAAAAAGUGGUCCAAGUCAGACUCUCAUGGCAGUGAUAAGAGCAAUGGCUUUAGCUCGUACCCCUGCAAUCCAAAACAGUCAGUCAAAUUGCCCCUCUCCCACAAACACCGCUCCUACGUCGCACAGUUCCCUGAGCCUGAGCUCGAUGAUGGUGAAGACAGCGGCAGCGAUUGGUCAACGGACAGCCCUCUGUGGAGCGAGGAGGAGUCGGAGACGGGGCUCGAGCUGAACACGCCUUUCUCUGAGCAGGGGGUGGAGACGGUGGGUCAUGACUCAGAGAUAGUGCGCUGUGUGUGCGAGGUGCAGGAGGAGAACGACUUCAUGAUCCAGUGUGAUGAUUGUUUAUGCUGGCAGCAUGGCACAUGCAUGGGCCUGUACGAAGACAGCGUCCCUGACACCUACAGCUGCUACAUCUGCAGGGACCGUCCUGCCCAGAGACAGAGUCAGCGCUAUUGGUACGAUAAAGACUGGCUCAGCAGUGGUCACAUGUACGGCCUGCCCUUCUUAGAAGAAAACUACUCCCAUCAGAACGGCAAGAAAAUGGCAGCCACGCACCAGCUCCUGGGCGAUGUGCACCGCGUGUUCGAAGUGCUCAAUGGACUCCAGCUCAAAAUGAGCAUCUUACAGGCUCAGGCUCACCCAGACCUGAAACUGUGGCGAGAGCCCUGGAAGGCAUCUGAUGGCAUACUCAGGAAGGGGACAGUGAGUUCCGGCAUGACCACGCCCUCCUCCCCUCACGCAACAGACUCCAUGGAUGGUGAGCCGGUCAAUUCCAAACAGCCUGUGCCUCCCGUCAGCUCUUUCCAGACGUCUUACAUCAGCAGCGAGCACUGCUACCAGAAGCCACACGCGUACUAUCCAGCACUGGAGCAGCGGCUGGUGGUGGAGACGCGCAGCACUGACGAGCUUCUGGAGCUCGAGACGCGCAAACUGCAGCUGACCAAUGCUAAGGAGUUGGAGUGUCGCGUGAAGCUGCUGGCGGCCGAAAGAGAGAAAAGCUGCGUUGCCCAGGUUAAGGAAGAGGAGCCUGACCCAGUGGCCUGUGACUCCAAACCUGACCCCGACCUCCUGCUACAUCAGCAGUGGCAGCUGAACCUGCUGGAACACAUCGAGGCCGUGCAGGACGAGGUCAGCCACAGGAUGGACCACAUAGAGAGAGAGCUAGAUGUUUUAGAAAGUUGGCUGGACUACACAGGUGAGCUGGAGCCUCCAGACCCUCUGGCGCGCCUCCCGCAGCUCAAACACCGCAUCAGACAGCUACUGACAGACCUGGCAACAGUGCAGCAGAUCGCAUUGUGCUCCUCAUCCACAUGAGGGCGUUAGAGCACACAGACCUCCUCAGAACCGUACAGCACAGGAGAGAUGGAACACGAAACAAAAAGAGAGACGGAGAGCGUGAGACUUGAACCUGGACUAAAGCAGAUGAUAAAUAAGUGAUAUUUGUGCUCUGAGAAAAACUGCGAGCCAAAACAAACCAACUUGUCAGAAGAAACAAAAAAGGAUAGAGAAAUUACUUGAAUGUUUAAUAUGUUAAAAGGUUUGAAUGUAAUUCAGGGUAGUGGUUCAAGUCUUGGCAUCAAUUAUGCCUGGUUAUGAAAUUUUUUAUUUUAUUUUUUUUUUACAAAUUUAUUAUUAUUUUUUUUUUGAAGGACUAUAAUGUUUAUGGCAUUAUAAGCAAGGGAUUAUUAUUUUGGCUAUACGUUUUUUUUAAGCACUUAAAAUUUGUUACUUAUUAUGGAAAGUUCUAUUUUCGUUUUGGUUAGUUGGUUGAGUUUCUCCACUCUUCAUUGCUAAUGUUAUGCAAGGCCACCUUUUCAUACGCGACCCGUUUGUUAAGAACUGUUUGGAUAUUUGACAUCUUCAGACAAAGAGACUGAGGCAGUGACUGGUUUUGUAGCCGUUAACGUAAACCUGGAAGUGUUUAAAGGAACAUAUAUUUUAAUCUCAAAGUACUUGCAUCUUGCUUUUAUAUUUGUAUUAAAUAGACAAUGUUAAUUGCCUCUAUGUAAACAUUACUUCAUGUUUCAGGAUGUAUUCUUUUUCCAUUUGUUGAAAACUGUAAUGCUAUUUACUGUGACGAGUCUGCAUUCAUAAUAAUAAUGACAAUAAUAAUAAUAACAACUUUACCUUUAUCCCUUGUAAAUUCCAUAGUAUUGUCCUGCCCGCUUUGUUUUUGGGCAUUGAUCGCAUUUGUUUGAUUUUGACAAAUGCAAAUAAUUCUCUGCUGUGUUUAACACAAAAAGGUAUACUUUUUUUUUUCUUUCUUUUUUUCCCCACAAGCGCUUACUGCAUACUGUAUUAUUUUUAUUGUCUGUUUUUUUUCCCCUCUAUAUUAUCUUUUUAUGGCACUAGUGAUCUUUUUUUAACUUAUUGUAAUUAUGAAUUUAAGUUAUUGAUUCUGCUGUCUUUUUUUUAUAACUUUACCCGCUGUGUGUGUGUGUGUGUGUGUGUGUGUGUGUGUGUGUGUGUGUGUGUGUGUGUGUGUGUGAGUGAGAGAGAGAGAGGAGCAGAUGGGCUCUCAGUGUGCAUUCAGCAAGGAGUGUGUCACUGUUCAAUGCUCAAACCCAAAAGUAUUUUAUUUUAAUUUCAACGCUUAACCAUGCGCCUAAAAUUCCAUAACAACACGUUGAAAAAAUGCAACAUCGUCUACCUUUUUCAAACCUGAUCCUAAAAGAAUGGGCAAGAGGAAAAUGCUGUUUCUAUUUUUCUAAACUUUAUGCCUUUCUUUGUGUUGCUGGUGACCUGUUGCCCUGCAGCCUGUUCCCUGUACUUCCACUUUGCUGUGCAUUGUGUUGCCUGUCUGCCCUUUUGCAUCACCAGUCAUUGGGGAUACAGUAACUAGACCUACUUGUUUUAUAUAACUGUUUUUUUUUUUUUUUUUUUUUUUUUAGUUUUUUUUUAAGCGAUUUGUGUGCUGUCCAGGUUCUUCUGGCCUGCAGUUUAAAAGUCCAUUUCUCCAAACCAACAUGGAAACAGGAGAAUAUCUGUGUUGAGCAUAAUGAUGCAUUAGCUGAAGCCAAGAAAAAAACAAAACAAAAAAAUAAAUAAAUGUCCUUACGCUCAACUUCCAUAUGUCUAUG